AUGCGAAUAAAUUCACUCAGGUUUCACACCAUCACCAAGAAGCCUAUGUCUUGGCAUGAUAAUAUAGAGGAACCGGCAGAUGCCAAGUUUCUGAACCUUAUUCACCAUGCAGCACUGGAGCCAACAAAGAAAUAUUCAGAGCCGCAAACUGAAAGCCAAGAAAUUGGCUGGAACACAACACCUUUGAUUCAUGUGGACCGUAAUGAUUGCAGAUUCUACUUCCCACGCCGGAAAACAGAGAUCACUAAAUAAAUGGCUGCCACAGGGGCACGAGGAGGAGCAGUCUGAGAAUCUGCAGCAGCAGAGCGGCAAAGCCACACAACUUUGAUAGAAGCAGUUAACGACAUCUAAUGUGUUAGGCCCUGCUUGUUAUUAGUUGAGUCUGGUAGAUUUCUGGCAAGAGAAGACAGUGAGAAAAGGGAAGAGAGAACCUCAGUUGCAGCCUGACAAUAGUUACAGAAAUAAACCUAUUUAUAAGAUUGCUGCAUUUGUCUCACUGCUCUUUCCAAACCCAUCUACAUGAAUAGUCUAAAAAACACUUUUAACAUCUCAACAGGCUUCAGACUUCCUAUUCUGACAUCGACAACAUGACCCAGAACUCAAGUUCACCAAGUACAUGUCAACAGUAGCUGUGGAAAAAGCUGUUGGAAUGAAGGGAACAAAGGGCAGACUUUAGCCACCAU